GGCUCUGAAAUCUCCACCGGUCGUCUAGCCUGAGACCUCCGGCGAGACGCCGGCAGCAGCAGCAGCAGCGUAGAGCCGUCCGGCCGCCGUCGUAUCGCCGGCGAGCUCGCUCCGACGGCGCGGGCCUGCAUAGCCUCCGAUAACCUGGGUAGCUCUCUCAAGUAGGGUUCCCGGAGUUGAGAGCCCCGCCUUGCGGGAUGGGGAGGCUGGCCGUCGCCGCCGCGGUGGCCGCAUGGGCUAUCCCGAUCGCCGCCUUGGUUGACUCCAUCGUGCCUGACCCCUACAUGGAUGAGAUAUUCCAUGUUCCACAGGCGCAGCACUAUUGCCGUGGAGAUUUCUUAACAUGGGAUCCCAUGAUCACCACCCCUCCUGGCCUGUACUACAUUUCUUUAGCAUAUCUUGCUUCUCUGUUCCCUGGUGCAUGGGCUAUUAAGGCAGCAGAGGCAUUUGACCCCCUUUGCACCACGGCACUUCUCCGGUCAACUAAUGUUAUAAUGGCAAUGGUUUGCGGUGUUCUUGUCCAUGAUCUGCUUCUGCGUAUCAAGCCAGGAAUUGGCAAGACGAAGGCAACUGCUUAUGCUAUUCUUGUAGCGUUGUAUCCUGUUCACUGGUUCUUUACCUUUCUGUAUUAUACUGAUGUCGCAUCAUUAGCUGCAGUUCUUGCGAUGUACCUGUCCUGCUUGAAGAAACGCUUUUGGGUCAGUGCACUGUUCGGUGCUCUCUCAAUACUUUUCCGGCAGACUAAUGUAAUAUGGAUGAUAUUUUUUGCUGCCAAUGGAGCCAUUGAAUAUGUACAAGAUCUUCCUCUUGGUGACUGCCUUUCUGAUGAGAACAGUGAACUAACAGAUAAGUCAAGGACAAAAGAGUCUGACAGGGAUAACAAAGUCAGUGCUUUAGGUUUGAGAAGACGACGAGCUAAUCACCCCAUAAGUAAGAGGGGAGUUGUUUCUGGAUCUACUAAAUUGCACACCAGUUUUACGGAAGAACUAUUCGACUUUGCCUUCAAGUUAUGGAAUUCAAAGUGUAAAGUUUUAAUCACUUUUGCGCCAUUCGCAAUAGUUCUGGUGGUAUUUGUAGCAUUUAUAAUCUGGAAUGGUGGCAUAGUACUAGGUGCCAAGGAAGCUCAUGUUGUUUCACCACAUUUUGCACAGUUAUUGUACUUUGGUCUAGUGUCAGCUACUGCCCUCCUGCCGUGGCAUUUUACUCCUGGACGAGUAUCAGACUUAUUCUACUGGUGUAGAAAGAACAAAACCUUCAGUUCUCUGGCAAUGCUGACAGCUCUUGGUUUAAGCUUUGUGGCUGUACAUUUAUUCAGCAUUGCUCAUCCAUAUCUUCUGGCUGACAAUAGACAUUACACCUUCUAUAUCUGGAGGAAGGUCAUCCAAGCUCACUGGAUGAUGAAAUACAUUUUGAUUCCACUCUAUGUGUACUCAUGGUUUUCAGUAAUCAACAUCUUAGGGAAAUCGCAGCCGAGAGUUUGGGUGGUGUCCUUUGUUUUUUCGGUUGCUCUGGUUCUUGUUCCUGCCCCGUUGGUCGAAUUUAGAUACUACACAAUCCCAUUGGUCAUACUGGUUCUCAAUUCCCCAGUCAUUGGUCAUGGCAAAUUGCUUGUUUUGGGGUCUGCAUAUGUUGCUGUUGAUUUGUUCACUCUGGCGAUGUUUCUGUUCAGACCAUUCCAUUGGGGCCAUGAGACGGGAACACAAAGGUUCAUGUGGUAGCUUGGAUUAACGAAACUGACGAGUGACCAACUCCAGUGUUCAGUCCAUCCGCUCUGGCUUAUCGGCGCCCCCCUUGGAAAAUUAGAACUACAAUGAUGUGUGAUCCUAAUUUUUUUGGUCAGUUUUCGUGUAUACUAGAGUGUUCUUUGAGUUUAAAGGAAGUCAAACAUGCCUGCUUCGAUGUUGGAAGAGAAUUUUUUUUCUUGAA